UUCCAACCAGGUUCCACGAGGCUAUUUGUCCAUACCAGCUGAUACAAAAGUAAACGUAUAAAACGGCACGCCACCCAAACAUUAGCACAUCACACUCACGUCUUCAGUCGUCAAUACUUGCUCAAUUUGUUUUAAUAAACAUUUAAAAAACUACUACUAAAAUGUUCAAGCUGUUGAUCACCGCCUGCUUCCUGGCCGUCGCCACUGCUAAGCCCAGUGUAUUAGCUCCCGUAGCCGCUGCGUACACAGCAUUCCCCGGCCCUGUGGCUGCUGCGUACACCGCCCCCGUAGCGCCCGCCUACACUGCUGCAGCGUACACGGCGCCCGCCUACACUGCUGCAGCGUACACGGCGCCCGUUGCAGGCUACUCGCCUUUCGCGUACUCCGCGUAUAGCAAUGCGUACACCGCUCCUCUUUCGGCGUACUCGGCUUACGGUUAUGCCGCUCCUUACUCCUACUACCUCCGCCGUUGAUUCCUACAAUUUAUGUUAAGUAUUCUUAUGAAGCAGUUAAACAAUAAAUGAAUCGUGACCAUCCAGUGAUGUAAUUAA